CCCAAGUCCAUUCCUCACCAAACAGAAGAACACAAUUAUCAUCAAAUGGCUUCCUCAUACCUCCUCUCUUCCCUCCUCCUCCUCCUCCAAGCCCUCCUCCUCCUUCUCUCACCAGCAUCAGCUUCUAACUCCAAUCUUUUCACUGAAUACAUUGGGGCCGAGUUCAAAGGCGUCAGGUUCUCUGAUGUCCCCAUCAACCCCGGCGUCGACUUCCACUUUAUCCUCUCCUUCGCCAUAGACUACACCACCUCCUCUAACUCCCCCACUCCUACUAACGGUCGUUUCAACGUCUUCUGGGACUCCGUCAACCUCUCCCCCUCGCAGGUAGCUGCCAUUAAGCAGAGACAUGGCAAUGUUAAGGUUGCACUCAGCCUUGGUGGAGCCACGGUCGGCAAUCAGCCGGUCUACUUCCAGCCUUCUUCGAUAGAUUCUUGGGUCAAUAACGCCGUCGAUUCGCUCACGAGAAUCAUCAAGCAAUACCACUUGAAUGGUAUUGAUAUCGACUACGAGCAAUUCCAUGCUGAUCCCAAUACCUUCGCCGAGUGCAUCGGGCGCUUGUUGACGAGGCUAAAGAACAGUGGUGUCAUCUCCUUUGCUUCGAUAGCUCCUUUCGAUGACGCGCAAGUCCAGAGCCACUACUUGGCUCUGUGGAGGAAAUAUGGGCGUGUUAUAGACUAUGUCAACUUCCAAUUCUAUGCCUACGAUGCAAGCACCACGGUAUCUCAGUUUCUGAGCCAUUUCGCGCAACAGAGCUCCAACUAUAACGGAGGGAAAAUAUUGGUGAGUUUUACCACCGGUGCUGGCGGAGGGUUAUCGCCACAAAACGGGUUCUUCCGUGCAUGCAACACUCUAAAGAAGCAGGGGAAGCUUCAUGGGAUCUUUAUUUGGUCUGCAGAUGACUCCAAGAAGAAUGGCUUCCGCUACGAGAAGGAAGCGCAAACUUUGUUGGCGACCGCCCCUAAAGCUUUGUCAAAGAACAAAAUUUCAGCUGUGGCAGAUGAAUAAGUCUCGUUAUUUGUUCGCUUGUAGAAGAUGUGGACGUGAAAAUUAAGAAUAGAAUUGAAUAAAUGAAGUAUCGGAUACUUCGAUUUUAGCUAUUUGGGAACAUAGCCAGUAGUGUUUUGAAAAAAAGAUCUCGGUUCGAAUUUAAGAUCCACCGCAGGAUUUUCUUCUUUGA